UCCAAAUCAUAAAUUUUAAUAUUCCAGCAGAAUUUCGUUAGCGUUAGGCCAAUCCAAAAUUUCGGUACAUACACACAUGUAAUUUUUUAUGUAACUUCAGGAUGUCAAAAACGCAAAGAUCCAAGGUGUGCAUAAUCGGCGCUGAAGGCUGGGGCUCAGCUAUUGCGACAGCUGUCUGUCCAAAUGCAUUAACUGGUAAUUUUGAUAGUCGUGUGCAUAUUUAUGUGUACGAUGAGCUGGUGCGAAAUAACUACCUCUCCGAGGUGAUGAACGAACGGCAUGAGAAUAUCAAAUACCUGCCGGGCAUCAAGCUACCUGAAAAUUUAAUUGCUGUCAAUGAUUUGCACGAGGCUGCCACGAACGCAGAUAUUUUAAUAUUUGCCACGCCACUUUCAUUUGUCAAGUGCUAUUGUAACAUGUUAGCCGGCAAGCUGAAGAGCACCGCGUAUGCAGUCUCUCUGAUCAAGGGCCUCGAACACAUUGACGAUGGCGACAUUAAUCUGAGUUCAUCUAUAAUUUCCAAUCAACUGCAAAUACCAUGCUACUCGCUGAUGUGCGCCAAUAGCGCCAUGGAAAUGGCACAGGGCAAGCUCUGCGAGAUUACUGUUGGUUGCGACAAUAGAGGACACUCUGAACAGCUGGCAUCUAUGCUACAGACUGAGAACUGCAAAGUUGUCAGUGUACGGGACAUCGACAGCGUUGAGUUGUGCAAUACGCUGAAAGAUGUAAUUGCGCUUAGCGCUGGCUUUAUAGAUGGCCUGAGAUUGGGAGAUAACGCCCGCAUCGCAUGCCUGCAUCUGGGAUUAAAAGAAAUGAUGCGCUUCAUCAAAGCCUUUAAUCCAACCACCCAGCUGUCCACAUUCUUCGAAAGUAGCGUUGUGGCCAAUUCGGUCGCAUCUGCAUAUGCUGAUAAAAACGCUACUUUUGCCAAAAACUUUGUUACGGGAAAUAAGACAAUACCCGAAAUUGAGGCAAAUCUUUUAAACGGACGCAAGCUGCUUGGUCCAAUUGUGGCCAUGGAGGUAUCCUCAUUUUUAAGAAAGGAACAAUUGGAGGAUCAGUUUCCUCUAUUUACAACCGUCAACCGCAUUUGCCAAAGCGAGCUACCUCCCGAAGCACUUUUAGAUACACUUCGCAAUCAUCCAGAUCUACGCAACGAGUCCAUUUCGGAACUGAUGAAUGAAGAGCAUUUACUUGAAGCAUUGGCAACCAAGUUCACGAAUGCAAUUCCUGAAAGCGACAUCGUGGAUUUAGAGGGGGAUCAACUCAUAGCCGAUGAGAUGGCUGUGAAGGCAUUAAAUAGCGUUACGGAAGGCAAAGAGGAUUGGCCGGCGUAUCACCAAUAUUUUGAAGCGGUGGAAGAGGCAAAGAACGACCAGAUUGAGCAUACAUUGGAGGAGCCAAAGCCUGAUGAUCACGACUUGCGUUUAGUGAUUGAAAUGAAUUCAAAAGAUGGGCAAAAUAUCAGCGUAGAGCUUAAAGAUAAGCCAAAGCUUGAUAAAUAUGAAAACGCAUACGCUACUGCUACUGCCUCUUUGGGUGAAACGGACCAGCUAAUGGGCUCUAAUGACAAUAAUCUAGAUACUUCGAAAGGCAAUGUAAUAUCAGAUGACAAUAUGGUUUACAUGUCCACCUCGGGUAAAUCAGAUAAAACCAAACAGAGUAGAAUUAGAAAAGGAUUAAGCCAACUGAUUGAACGACAUGUGCGACCUUUCAAUGACAAAUAUAAAGCUUUAAAAGUGCGUGCAAAGUCCUCGACAGACGCCAAGUCCAACGAAAAGAAAGACGAUUCAAAAACGCCAAAGUCAAGUCAGGCAGAGAAAAGUCCGUUCAAACAAACAGAAGUGGAGGCAUCAAGCAUUAAUGAAAUUCCUAAUCCCAUGGUGCUUGCCAGCGACGAGAGCAAGGACGUCAAGGCAGAGCAGCUGAAUAAGCCUAAUAAAAAAUCAGAUAAGCAAGUGGUUUACGAAAAGAAUUCUAUGUUUGGUAGGAUGCUUGCCGAAGAGGAGCCCUAUAUGUCGUCCGUGACAGAAACUAUUCAUAAUAUGCAAGACGAAGCGCUGAGCCGAGAGCUGGUGGAAGAAAGCCACAACAAGGUGCCGAAAGAAACCGACCAAAUUAACUCAACAAAGGCAGCAAGUGUUGAAAACAUUCUAGCAAGUUCACAAAUUUCGGACCAAGACCACGAUAAAACGGAUAAGAACUUGUUAAGCAGUCACGAUGAAGAUAAUUCUCAUAUGGCAAGAAGUCCACACAGAACACCAAGCACAUAUGUGGACUUCAAGCACCUGGAAAACGAAGCAGAUAAUGAAGAUCAGCAUGCAAAGUCAGCUGCUGAAGCUCUGGUGUAUGAUCCCGAGUCUAACGAGUUCUAUAAUUUACUCGAGACUGAACAACCCAAACUAACUCCUCCAAUGUACGAAUUAGACCAGCCUGAGGCUGCUGUACACUCUGAGGAUGCACUCGGCGAAACGCUUGCCAUAGAAGCAAAAGCCUUUGAAGGUCGUGGCGAUGACCUUUCAAAAAUUCUACAAGAUGAGGUGAAUCGCGAGCUGUCAGUUGAGAAUCCUGAGCAUGUGGCUGCAGUGCCAUUGCACAUUAUUGACGAGAAGAUCCAGGUGAAAGCAAUGGGUUCAAAGAACACCAGCCAUACGCAUGAAGAUCCCAAUCUGCGUUUCUAUCAUGGCCGCAACGAUGGCGAACAGGGUCCAGAAUGGGAUUGGCUGCGUGCUAGCGAAAUAGCGGACAAUGUGCCACAAGGCACUUAUACUGAGCAUCUGAAGUAUAUAAUGGCUAAAGACAAUUCACAACAGUCUGGUGGCAAUAAGAAAGAUGGCCAGCAGCAGUCCAAGCCUACGCAGGACAAGCCAAGAACUCUCAAGGACGCACCACGCACUCAACAACCCAGCACACCGCCGCCCUUUGAGCAGCCGCGGCCCAUAGCAAAGCAGCCACUUGCCGAUGAUAGUAAAAAGCUAAAUCAAGCUAAUCAUACUAAGCAGACUAAGCAGCGCAGUAAGUCUCCUGCCGAAUCGCAGGCAAGGCAAGCAGCUGCAGAAAAGAAAGCACUUGCCAUAGCUGAGAAAUUUGCAGAAGCUGACGCAGCAGACAAAUAUAUAGCAGAGGAAAUAGCAAAAUUAGAAGCUAAAGCUAAGAGAACGGCUGCUGAAGCGCUGAACAUAAAUGCAAAACCCAAAGAAACAGAGACAGCAGUUAAAGUUAAAGCCAGACGGGCUUCCAAAGAAAAGGAAGAAGUGCCAGCUGCUGAGACUGCCAAGAAAGAUGCACAUGUGGAAAAGCCAUUCAAGGCGGCGGAAAUUAAAAGCGAUCAACCACUGCCUAAAAAGCAAAAGCCUUACAAGGCGCCGGAAAUUAAAAGCGAACAGCCAAAGUAUAGAAGGGCAGAAGAGGAAGCGCCAGAAACUAAAACCAAAUUGAAAGCAAGAGAUAAACCUAAGCCUAAAACUCCCAUCGGCGACGUUUGGUUGCAUGAACAAUAUGAGCAAAAGCCGCCUAAAAAGGAAAAGAGGCAAACAUCGAAAAUCAGAAAAAUCCUUAGCAAGGGUCUAGGUCAACAUGACCGCGAGCAGCAGGAGCAACCACGCGAGCGAGCCGUUGACUAUGACGGCGAACAUCCUUAUAAGAAGGAGCCCAAGCUGCCAAGCGAAACACAAGCGCUGACCGAUCACCAUGAGCAAAAGGAAGGCUUGCAGCGCAACAAAGUUGUGGUCAAUCCACCAUUUCAUCCACCACUUAAUCCUCGCGUUCGCACGCCACGUCCGCCCUUCGAUGUGCGUGAUCAUGAGUACCACACGCUCAGCUAUCGUGCACCUCCCGAUCUCUUGCGCAAUGUCAAGUUACCUCUCCGCCGUUCAGUUGCCGCCGCACCCAAUAAACCUGUAGCAACACUUAGCUUCUCCAAGCUAUCGCGUCCAUCCCUGAAAAUGCCCACGUGCACAAUGCGCUCCUCCAUUUUGGCUGUUGAGUUGGGCAUCUUUGCCACGCUGCUGGCGCGCUACAAGCCCAACCGAAAGUAAGACACAUUAUACUAUUUCAAAUGAUCUUAUGCCUGUAUAUUAACUAUAUUGCUAAUUCUGCGGUAAUAAACUAGUGUGGAAUUAA